CCAAUCAAUUCCUGACGAUGUUACCGCCCAAAUUUUCUCGUGGCUUCCUGUCAAUGCGUUUUCGAUGCAUUUCAAAAUUUUAUAAUUCAAUCGUCGUGGAGCCAAAUUUUGUGAAUCUCCAUUUAUCCCAUUAUUCAACGAUCAAUCUUGGUGAUACCAAGUUGAUUUUAUGGCUAAAUGGCUCUCUUUACGCUAUACAGGAUGAUGAUGAAGAUGGCAAUGCCAACAAGUAUCAUAAAAUUGAGAAUUUUAAUAGGUUGCAUGAUCACUUUAAUGGUGCUGUAAAUUAUCAUGAUAAUUGCGAAUCCUCUAAUGGUUUAUUUUGCAUAUGGGACGUGAAGUAUAUCGCGAUUUGCAAUCCCAGUACCAGUGAAGUAAGAUUUCUUCCCUAUUUGCAAGAUUUCGAUAUUGAUAAAUACUUAAUAGGUUUUGAGCCCGGAGAAAACAAAUAUAAAGUUGUUUUGAGUAUUGAUAUAUUAGGAGGAAUAGGAAGAGCAUGGGUUUUCACUUUAGGCGUGGAUAAAUCAUGGAGAGAGGUCACUGAAAAUGGUCAUCGUACUUCUCCGUACAGAUCCGGAGUUUGCAUUAGUGGGAUUAUCUGUCGAUUUAGCCAUACUCCUGAGUUUUGUAUAGUUGCAUUUGAUGUUAAAUCUGAAACUUUCACAACUAUCCAAGUGUAUUGGAGAUUAUAUAAUACUUUACAUGAAUGCCUACCUGAUUAUAUUCUAAUACAAGUGAAGGGAAAAUUAGGAAUUCUGAAUUUUUUAAAUUUGUGGGAUAGAGAAGAAAUCUAUCUAUGGGUUCUGGGAGAAGAUGAACAAUGGGAAGAAUAUGAGAAAAUUCGAUUUCCUUCAGGAUGGAAAGAUAUAAGCUUGGAUAAUGCUAUGGCUUACAAGUACACUUGCAGUAUUUGGCAUCACUAGUUGUUCAAGUACUAUUUUGGAUUGUUUUUUUUAACGAUAUCGAGCAAAAGAGUUGUAGACAUUUUGUAGUCCAAGGACUUCCUGAUCGGUAUACAGGCCAUAGCUGCAUUUUUACUUACACUGAAAUUCUAUUCCCAUUGACAAAUAUUGGCAGUCGUCAUCCUCAAGUAUAACUACAGUCUUACUAGACAAUUAUAUUGGACUCAUUCUCUAUUUGCCCCAAUAGGAGUGGCUGAUUUGAUGGAUCACUGAAAUUGCAUCUUUGUGAGAUCGUCUUGAUAGUUUACUGAAGCAGUAUAGCUAUCCUUUUUAUAUAUUGCUUUUAUAGAUAGUUUGCAUACAAAUUAUGUAAAGAUUACAGUAGUGCAGACCUAGAUUGUAAUGCGAAGGUUAUUUUGUGGG